AGCCCGCCAACAUCCAGCACAAACCCUCGCCUCCUAUCGAUCUCUCUCCUCCCCUCUGUCCCCACAUCCAAUCCGAGGCGAGGCGGCGAUGCAGAUCCAAGUCCGGUGCGGGUGCGGCGAGGCGGCGUGCCCGGAGUGGGCGGUGGUGGAGGUGCAGGGCGUGCUGCAGCCGCAGCCCUGCUUCUCCGGCCGCAUCCAGGGCCUCCACAUCGGCCGCCUCUGCUCCACCUCCUCCGCCCCGUCUUCCAAGGGCGGGUACACCUUCACCGUGGGGUACCAUGAGCUCGCCGGCUCGAAGGUGACUCUCAAGAAGCCCCUUCUGGUGCUGAGGAAGAAGAAGAACGACAAGGGGAACCCCGGCAAGCUCGGACAAGGUGGACAGGCGGCGGCGGCGGCGGAGGUGGAGCUGGAGGUGAUUGGCAUCAUCCGGCACAAGAUCCUCUUCAAGGACCGCCCCAAGGCCCUCAUCUCAAAGCCGGUGCCGAAGGAGAAGAAGGCCAUGCCGGAAGCGGCGACCCCAUCAACCGUGCCUCCCGCUUCCUGAAGAAUCCUCUUUCUGACAAAAUAAGUUUGUUAAGGAUCUGAAGCUCCCUGGGGGUUCUGAUUGUGCCCGUUUGUUUCCCCUGUCUAGUUAGUGGUCACAUCUUCCUCUGCCAUCGUUUUGCUUGUGCCGUACGUAUACCAGUAUGAAUUUUCCGUCUCGUUGAAGCACACUAGUGACAAAUUAGCACAAACUUGUGGGGCUGUUUGGGUCCACUGCUAUGGGAACCAAAUACCACCAUCAUAUUUGCUUAUAUUCUUGUGGUGAUCAGGUUCAUUUUGCA